AUGAAAACCAUUGAUAAACUUCUUGUUUUGAUAUCAUGUAUUGUCAUUCUUGUUACAAAAUGUUAAUGUUGCCCUUAUAGUGGAUAUGAAUAAGCUUUGAUUCCUGUGGACUCACCAAUUGAUUUUAACUAUUUUGAUUCUUUUGUUACUUUGGAUGUGGGGGAUUCAUUUGGUUUUGGUUUUUGGAGUUUAUGCAUUCCAUAAUAACCUUUUUAGAAUAUUCCUUCAGUGGACUAAGAAUAUAGUCUAACAGAUCCUGAAUUUGGACAAUUAUUAUUUUUAGUUUAGGGAAGUUCAAGUAAUUCAGUGAUAGGAUAUAUGAGAAUAGAUUACAAUACUUUGCUAGUUUAUAAUACAAUAAUGAUUUUAGGAAGUAACAUGUAAGUUCUACAAUUUGAGUAUUAAACAUUUAAUUAUGAAGGCAGAUGGAUUCUGAACUUCAUAACAUUUAAUUUCUCUGAAAAAAAAAUCAUAGUUGAAAUGAGUGAUCAUAUCAGUUAGAUUGGGACAAUGAAUAUAGGAUAAGAAUAUAUUUAAAUAUUUCAAGGAGGAAGUGGAAAUGUAAUAUAUAAUUAUUUAUAUAAAAUUAGAUUAAUGGUCUUAAUCUAAAUAUUUUUAAAGGAAGAUUAUCUAAAAUGUUUGUUAGCAAGAUUGAAUAUGUAGGUUAGGAUUUAUUUUCAUAUAUGAAUGAUAAUUGUUAAAUACCUCCUCAAAUGCAAGAAGAACAAAUAACAUACUUUGUCAAAGGAUUGAAAAUCUUUGAAGGUGAUACUUCACUCUAGUAUACUAUAAAUUAAUUUGGAAGUAAGUUCUGCUUAUCAGGAUGGGUAAAAUAUGAUGCAUCAAGAGUCAUACAACUUUCUAUAUAUCCAUUGAUUAGAAUAAGUCUUUUUAAAAAUUAUUUUGACAGAUAAAGCAUAGGAGAUGAAAUAUUUUUAAUGCAGGUCUGGUUUUAUAAGCUUAUACCUAGAUUUACAUAAGUUGUUGUAUAUUAAGACCAUCAUUUAAUACCAAUUAUGGGACUUGUUGAUUUUAAUAUUUUGACUAUAUCAACUGAUCUUUUAUUUGAUAUUUAUUCAGAGCUUUAUUUUUAAGGAUUACAGUAAUGGCAUUUUGUUAAAUAUGAAUAUGGUUCUACAAUACCUGGAAGAAAGAGUUUGCUUUAAAUGCAAUUUUUUAAUGAUUUAAAUUUAUAGGAGAUUUCUCGUGAUCUUUCUGUGCCAACCAAUUCUCCUUAUUAUGUUUAUUUGGGAGCAGAUGAAUUUGUUAAUGAAUUAUUAUAAGCAUCCCUUUAUGAUUUUAAAUUUGAAUACAAUUAUGUUGAUGACAAAUAAUUACUUUUUAAUGGUAUAAUAAACAUUUAUUUUUUAAUAGCUUGUCAUUACUCUUGUUUAACAUGUGAUGGACCACUUGAAAAUAAUUGUAUAAGUUGUGAAGCUGAUUCUAACAGAUACUUUUUAAAUGAAUAAAAGAGGUGUUAAUGUUUACAUGGAUAUAUUGACGUUCCAGAUGAGAAAGUAUGUUAAUCAUUUGAAUAUCAUUAUUCAUCAGUAUAAAAAUAAGAAGGAUUACCUCUUGGAAUUUCAUCAUGUUAAUUUGGAUAUUUCGUAUAUCCAAAUGAACGUGGUUCAAAUGAUUGCAUAAAAUGGUAUAUAUAUUAAAUAUAUUCAGUCCAUAAUCUAAUUUUUAAAACAUAUUAUGUGUAGAUUGUAUAUAUUAUCCAUUAACUUGGUAUUUAAAACCAAUUUGCAAAUUUGAUUUAAUAUCAGAAAAAAUAACAGAUAAUGAUGCUUUUAAAUAUAAAUAAAGAGAUCUAUAUGAUUAUGAUUUUUAUUUGAUUGAUCAAAAUAGAGAGCUAUCCCUUUAUCCAGGUUAUUUAGACUUUUGUGAAUUGGAAUUAGAACCUAUCAACUGUUUUCAAGCUAAGUAUUAACAUUUAGGAUAAAAUAUUAAUGUGAAAUGUAAACCUAAUUACUAUUAAUCAAAUAGAGAUUGUAUAUUAACUAAUAUUAAUUGCUUACUGGCAUCUUUAGAUGGUAAUUGCCUAUAAGUGAAAGAUGGUAUGUAUCUACAUGAUGGUCAAUACUAUUAGUGCCCUUCAAAUUGUUUGACUUGUAGUUAUAAUUAUGAAUCAAAUACACUAUAAUGUUAGUCUUGCAUUGAUCAUUAUGCAUUAGAUAAUGGAAGUUGUCUUCCUUGUGGUAAUUUCUGCAGUUUUUGCUAAAAACACUAUGAUAAAACUAUAGAUAAAUAUUAUUUAAAAUGUUACAAAUGUUUAGAUGAUUCAAAAUAUUUUCUAUCAUUUGAUGGCAUUAGUUGCUUAGAAAAUACUAUAAAACAUUGUGCUUAUGCAUUUUAGGCUUUAUACUAUAAUUAUUAAAUUAAUACUCUUGAUCUCUAUUUUACACCUAGAGAUGAUUGGGAAAAUAUUAUAACUACUUGUGGGAGAUGUGAUUAUGGUUAUGGAGUUAUACUUGAUUCUUAUAUAUGUUUGUCAAUGAGAGAAGUGACAUGUUAUUUUUCAUAUGUUGAAUAUAUUUGUGACACAGUUAUUGAUCAAGAUAUCUAUAAUUAUUUGAUUUGGGAAUUAUACUAUGUAACCCCCAGUGGUGAAAAGAUAAGUAUGCUUUUUGAUGAAAAUGAUAAUGUUCUCUGUUCAUCAUUAUAAUAUUGUUUAAUCAAUCAAGAUUAUUAUCAAGAUGAGUCAGCCAAAAUCAUUUAAUUUAGUGGACAAUGUCCUGGAUAUAUUGAAAAUUGUGCAACUUGCUUAAGAGAAAAGGUGUAAUGGUGGGCACUUGUUCAUAUUUGUCUUGAAUGUAAGAGUGGAUAUUAUGCAGAAAGAAUAUCAGGUAAAUGUUAUUAAUGUCCUCUUGAAUUAAAUUGCUAUAAUUGUGCUUAAUAAUAAAAAUUAUCUAAAGAUUACUGGAAAAUCAAUAUAAGAGCAUUUUAUUAAAUGUUAAUAAAUUUUGAUAAUAAUCAUCCCUUUAAACUCUAUUCUCAAAGUGAAAACUAGGAUGAUUAUGAAAUUAUUUGUACAAUGUGUAUAAAAGGUUAUGAAUUGGUAGAUUAAAAGUGCAUAAAAGCCUGUCCUGAUUCAUGUUUAGAAUGUUAAUUUAUUGAUGGUGAGAAUAAAUGCAUUAGAUGUGAACUGGAAUAAAAAGGUAGAAAAUUAAGUUUAUCUAAUAAUUAAUGUAUUGCAUGUCCAUAAAAUUGUGCAUUAUGUAGAAUUAGAUCAUAGGAUGAAAUUUAAUAAAUUAAUCCUCUUUUUAACAAUGAUAUAUACUAUACUAAUACUUAUCAAUGUUUAAAAAGUUUUGAAGAUUAAGAUUAUUAUUAUGAUUAAGAAUUGGGAAGUUUUAUUUCAUGCAUAAAUGGUAAUAAAUGUGAAUAACAGAUUAUAAUUCCUAUUAAUUUGUAUUGUUCUUAAUAAGAUUAUAUAACAGUAUUAGAUUCUAUGUUAUCACCUUAUUAAAAAACUUAAUUCAAAUAAUAAAAUAUACUUUUAGAUGAUCUUAUAUCUGGAAAUAGUUUUAAAGAAGUAAAUAUUAUGAAUAAUUUAUUUUUAGUUUGAAAAUGAUGAUUUUUAUAUAUCAGCUAAUUUAAUGUUAAUUAAGACAAUUAUUAUAAAUAUUGUAAGUGUAAAACCACAAAUAUGCAGAAUUUAAGGAAAUGCCAUAAUUCAACAAGUAUUUAGUGCAAAUAUAUUUUCAACAAUGUAAAUAUUAAAAUUAUUUUAGAAAUGUUGAAUUAAAUAUUUAAUUAAAUUAAAAUACUAUAAUUGAGUUUGAAAGAUAAAUUACUUUCUAAAAUUUUAAUUAAAUAACAAUCAAAGGUGGUCACUUUUAACCAUUAUUUAAUAAUAAAUUAAAAUCAAUAAUAUUUUAAAGUAGAAUGCCUUAAACAAUAAUAUUGGACACUAUUUAAUAUCAACAAUUAACUUAACAAAAUGAUUAAUCUAGAUUCCUUUUUUAUGAUGUUAAAAAGUUAAAUCUAAUUAAUUUCAAAAUAUUUAAUCUUAUGCAAAAUACAAUUAACUAAUUUUUAUAUAUUGCUGAUACUACUUAUAUCAAAUCAAUAAAACUUUAAUCUUUUGAGAUUCUUAACUCUAUCCUUCUAAAUUAAGUCACUCUGUUUUUUAAUCUAAACAAAAAUGAUAUCAUUGAAAUAGUAGAUUUUUUAGUGAAUGCAAAAUUUUCAAAUUCAACAUUAAUAGAUACAAAUUAUUCAAAAUAAUAUGGAUAUCUUACUGCUCAUAAUUUAAAACUAUAAGUUGAAGUUCUUAAUUGUUUAACUUUCUUAAACUUAUAUCUUUUGAAAGAAGUUUCACUUUAAGGAAUCUAAUUUACAAAUUCGUUAAUCUAAAAUUCUACACUUAUUAUUCUUAAUAAUAAUAAUCAAAUUCAAAAUCUUAUCAUUAAAGAUUGUAUAUUUAAAGAAUUUAGUUAUGGUGUUAUAAAUUCUGAUUAACUUCAAUUGAAUAAUUUACAAAUUGAAUUAUCAAAUAUUAUCAUUGAGCAGAAUGAAUAUCAUCAAACUACUAAAUUGUUCUCUUUUAAUAAAUAUAACAAUGAGAAUUCAAAAAUCUAAAUUAAUACAAUUUUAAUAUCAAAGAAUUAUGUAUCAUUCAUUACAAAAGAUUUUAAAUUAAACACUUAUAACUCCUGUUUUAUCUAUAUCUCAUUUGAUGAUAUAAAAAUAUCAGAAUUGGAUAUAAUUCGAGGAAUUGGAUUAAUAGAUAUUAGUAUUGUUGAGGCUAAAUCAUUAAUAAUAACCUCUAGUAGAAUCACUUAAAGUGAUAAUUAUAAAUUUUUAGGACUUCAUUAAUAUCUUGAUUGCUAAUUACAAUAAGUUAUGGGUGAAUAUUAUUUACAAUCACUCUUUGUUACUUCAGUGCUUAAUUUUGAAAUAAUUGAUAUGCAAAUUAAAUUUGCUUAAUCAUAUAACUCUCCUAUUAUAUAUUAUAAAUCAUCUGAAUAAGUGAAAUAAUAACAAUUCGAAAGGAUUCAUUUUUCUAAUUUAAUUAUAGAAUCAAAUUUAUUAUUAUUAUCAAACUCAACAUAUUAAACUGCUAUUAUCUUUAUAGAUUCAGUUCAAUAAACAACUUUAGAACUAUCAAAUAUAACUUUUGUUGGCAAUAUAUUACAUGAAUAUGUUUAGAAUAACCUUUAAAUUUCUUCUUUACUUUUAAAUCUAAAUUGUAUUUUGGGAUCCAUCACAAUCACAAAUUCAAAUUUCUUAAACAAUACUGUUUACAAUGGCACUGAUACUAUUAUCUAUAUUAAAAGUAGGUAAAUAGUUUUUUUAAAUUGUUCAUUUUAUUAGAAUAGUUAUUUUAAUUAUUAAUUAAUCUAACCUUAUUUAUUAUGGGGAUUUUUAUAAUCUGAAAAAGUAUAUUAUGAGCAAAUAAACUAAUUAUUUCAAGUUAAAUCUACUUCUGGUGUAGCUUAAUUAUUAGUAGAAAAUUUAGAAAUUUCAUUUUGUAAUUUCGAAUAAUCUAUAGGAUCCUCUGGAGGAGCAAUGCAAAUUAAAGCUUAAAAAAACAGCAUUAUUUCUAUAUCACAAACAUCAUUUAAGAAUAUCUCAACCACUUUUUCCAAAGAUUAAGGAUUUGGAGGAGCAAUAUAUUUAGAUAGCACUUCAGCAUAGUCUCUUGAAGUUACUUUGAAUGAAUUAUCAAUCGAGAAUAUCACAUCCAAAGAAUAUGGAGGUUUCAUUUACAUACUAUCAGAUUCUCCUAAAGUAACUCUAACAUUUUAGGAUUUAAAUAUUCAAAAUGUAUUUUCUAAACUUGGAUCUAUUUUAUAUGUAAUCUUCUCUUCUACUACCCAAAUUUAACAAAUUGUUAAACUGAAUUCACUUUUUGUCUAAAAUACAUAAGAAGGUUUUACAAGAUAUUUAAAUAAAUAUACCCAACUUUCAAAAUCAGAAGAAAUAGCAAUAAUAAAUAACAGAGCCUUAUUUUAUAUUAAUUAAGCAAGCAAUGUUAUUUUAUAAAAUAUUGAAAUUGAUAAUAUCAUAUUAGAAUCUGCAUUACAAAUCAAUAAUGCUUUGAUAGUAUCAAUUCAGAAUUUAAAAAUAUCAAAUAGUAUCAUUAGUAAUGUACUAUUGAAACUGCAUCCAAAUUAAUGUAUAUAAAAUAUUAUUAAUUAGAUCUCUUAAAUACCAUUCAGAUAAAUGGUUUAAUAAUAUCAAAUAUAACUGUUACAUUACAAUUAAAGAGCUAUAGUUGUCAGUAAUAAAUUGUUAAAGAUUACACUGUAUUUUUUAAAUGCAUUUCUAAUGCACAAAAUACUAAAGCACCACUCAACUUAUUUUCAGAUUAUAUCAACUAAGACUUUACUUAUGGAGAUUGCAUUUAAUCUUAAAUACUUAAAUAGAAUGAACAACAAAGUAAUUUGAUAAUUGAAAAUACUUAAUCUGGAUUACUGUUAUUUUAAGAACUAACAGACUUAUCUUAAUUUAAGUUGGAUAACAUAUUAUUUACAUAAAUAAAUUGCAUUUACUGUAGGAAUGGAUUGAUAUUUUAAUCUUAUUUGAAAGUUUAAAAUCUUUUAAUGAAAUAAUACAUUUCUAAACUUAAAGUAACAAAUUCUUCUUGUGGAUUUAAUGGUUGUAUUUAGAUAACAAAAGAAAAUGUAAACUCACGUCGAUUCCUUUCAAAUUCAGAGAUUUAGUUGUAAUCCAUGAAGUUUGAAAUUUAUAUAGAAAACUAUGUUUGCCAGUUCAAUAGAGCUUAAAAUGGAACUUGUUUAUUUGCUGAAAAUGUUAAAAUUUUAAUAGAAAAUUCGAUUUUUCAAUACAACAAUGCAUCUGAAAAAGGAGGUGCUUUAAUAAUUAAAAUGAAUUAGGAUGUAUUGAUAAAAAAUAGCUUAAUUUAACAUAAUUCAGCAUAAAUAGGAGGAGGAAUAUAUUUGGUUAAUUAAUAGGAUAUGGAUUAUUUUAAGUUGGGAACUUUUUUAGAAAACAAUAAAGCUGAUUAUUUUGGAAAUGAUAGAGUGUCGAUACCAUAAAAAUUAACUGUUACUUUAACAGAUGAAAAUUCUUUAUUUUCAACAAUUACAAUUGAAGAAACUUAAGAUUUAUUAAUUUAAUAAGUCAUAUUAUAAUCUAGUAAAAUACUUUAAACCUAAUAUCUUUUCUUGCCAAGUGGUCAAAAGAUUUCUUCUUAUUAAGAAUUUUCUAAAGAAAAUAAAUCAUAUUCCCCUUUUAGUUAUAAAUUUAGGGUGAUUGCUUUGAGCAAAGAUAACAGUGUAAUGAAAAAUCUUAAGAAUUCAUUUUGUGAAAUUGAUAGUAGAAUAUUAAAUACAUCAGAAUCACUAUAAGAAGAUAUAUUUAGUAAUAAUCUUACUAAUCUAAAUAAGAUAACUUUUAAUGAUUAAACUUAAGAUUAUAAUUUAGAUGAUUUGAUAGUUUAUUUUGAUAAUGCAUUACCUUCAGAAAUUGUUCUAUAAUUGUAAUUUAGAUGUAAUUCAAUUGUAAUUCCUAUUUACAAUGAAUAAUAUCCAUUUAAUUUGAUAAAUACUCAUUCUAAUUACAAAUUAAGAGUGAACAUUAAGACUUUGAGUUGUUAAUAUGGUGAGAUAAAAAAUAAUACUGAUUUUUCAUGUGUUCCAUGUAAUAGUGAUUAAGGUCUUUUCUCAUUAAACAUAAAUUCUGAAAAAUGCGAGCUGAAAGAUGAUAUUUCAACAAUAAGUGUAUAAUCAGCUUUAUUAAAUUUAAAAUUUGGAUUUUGGAGACCAUAUUUUUAAAGUAAUAUAGUGAGUUAUUGUUUAAAUUUGGAAGAAAAUUGUUUAGGUGGUUGGGAGGAAGGUGAUAAUUCUUGUUUUUUAGGACAUAUUGGAGCACUAUGCGAAUAAUGUGAUUUAUAUGAUACAAGAGGAGAUGGACAAUAUUCGGUUAGUUAGAAAUAUUCUUGUGGAUCAUGCUUAGAGAAAGAGAAAAAUGCAAUAAUUAUAACAUUCGUGAGUAUAUGGUAUAAUUAAUUAAAUAUUAUGUUAGGACUUUAGUUUCGAUAUUAGUGUCAGUGUAAAGUACUUUAAAGGCUAUCGAAGAGGUUGUUAGAAUAAUUAGUAUUAUGAUGUUAGGAUUAGCAGUUACUUAAAAUACAAAUCAAUCGGCAAUAUUAAUAAAAAUGCUGACAAAUUAUUUGUAAAUCAUUUCUUCAAUAUCUACUUUUUAAUUGAAACUUCCAAGUGGACUACAAAGUACAAUUAAUGCAGUUGGAUCUCCAAUUUAGACUAUGACUUAUUCAUUGGAUUGCUUCUUAUCUCAUGUUUUUACAUUUGAAAUAUAAUAUGGUCGAAUGAUUUGGUAAAUAAUUAUGCCAUUUCUAUAUAUAACCUUCUUUUUAUUUUGUUAUUUACUUGCUGUGAAAUUUAAACAUAUAACUUUUAAUAGAAGUGUCAUUACAACUACUCUCAUUUAUAUGUACAUCUAUUUAUAGCCAAGUUUAAUUGGAGGAUUUGUUCAACUCAUAUCAUAUAGAGAAAUCUCAGGUUAUAAAUGGGUUUAAUCAAAUGUUUCUUAAAGAUUUGAUACUCCUUAUCAUGAAAAAUGGAUGCUAGAACUAUGUUUACCUAUGCUAUUGAUUCUUGCAAUCCUUAUCCCAAUCUAUUUUUUUUAUGGUCUUUAUAGUAAUUCUAAUUUAUUAGAUGAUAAGAAGGUAAGAUUGUAAUGGGGUUAUCUUUAUAAUGAAUACACAAAAAGAGCUUACUUUUGGGAAGUGAUCAAAAUAUUACAGAAAGAAUUAAUGAUCAUUUUCUUGACAUAUUAUGAUGACAGUGUCAUAAUAAAAGCAACUAUCAUCUCACUUAUUAUCGGAGUGUAUUUGGAAUUAAGUUUGAAGUAUAAACCAUAUAAUCUAAAUAAUCUUAAUAAAUUAGAUUAUUAUUCAACAAAUGUCUGUUUAGCUUCAAUUGCACUAGCUAUAGGUAUAUAUGUUUCAGAGUAAUCAAAUUCAUAAGAAAUACAAAUUCCAUAUGCAAUAGUAAUUUCGAUUUUGAAUUUGCAUAUCACAUAUACUUUAAUAUCUAAGAUUUUAGCUGAAUAUUUAAAAGAGAAGAGCAGCAAUUUAGAUGAGAAGAUGGAUAAACUUAGGAAUAAAAUAAGAAAUAUCUUUCCCUUUCUCAAUCACAUUCCUUAUAUGAGAAAAAUCUUAGCUGAUCGUAGUGAGUAACGUAAUCGAGUAGCCAAAUUGUUUAGUAAACUAAAACAAUUUUUAAUACCCUAAGCAAAAGAAAUUAUAGCCUUUAAGAAUUAUUAGUGGUAAAUUGCUAUGGAGAGACACAUGGAGCAAAAUAUAGAUACGAUUCCUUUAAGUCUAAGAAGCCCAGCCUAAGCUAAAGAAAGAUAAUAAUUUAUAAGAAAGUCAGUUCGAGAAAGCUCAUUACAUUAAUCUAGAAACACUAUUACCGCAUUUGUAUUGGAAAAAAUGUAUAUCUAUUAAACUUAUUAAAAAUUAUAGGAAACAGAAAAGAGUUGAUUAGAUGGCAGAAAUUUUUGAAAUAAAGAAAUAAAAGUCCUCAAGAGUUACUCCUAUUGCUCAAAGUGAAAAGUAUAUUAAGGAUAAUGAAGAAGAAGAUUGA